AUGCAGAAGGACGCUCAGGAGAUGGUCCCGCUGGAGAUUCGCCCCACCGACGGAACUGAAAUUGGUGAGGCGGAUCGCAAUAUGGCCGCGUUUCUGGCCAGAAAGGGUCUCGAGACUGUGAAGGGAGGGCAAUUCUCCGCAAAGCCGAUGACUUCUACUCCAAUCGAUACUCAAUCUGCGAAGAAGACUCCCGGACCAUCGUCUUCCAUUAUUCCGGCCUCCGAACAGAUGAACAUCCUCGAGCCGAGUUCGCCGUUGUUUGAGAGAGAGAGAGAGUCGGAGGUCGCCCCGAGCACUCCAAAGCGCAGACGUGAAACCGGAAUCCGGAGACAGAUGACUCCUUUCGCGUUUGAUAGUCCGUGCAGUCCCGAUUCCAAAAAUGUCGAGACGGCGUUGAACACUAAAGGAAGUCCCAUCCCGAACGACGGGAAACAAGCACCGAGAAGAUGCUUGCUCGAGGUGAACGAGUCCUUCCAGGUAUGCAUUUUUUGAAAAUGAAAACAAGAUAUUCUCAUGUGACCCGUUUCAGAUAGACUCUUUCGGAUAG